GCAAUUUACAACACAUCUGUCAAUCAUCAUUAUGGGGCCUGUUCAGGUCAUUAUCCACAACGCAACUGGCCUUUCAAGGAUGAUUCUGACACCCAAGAUGUUCCUCAUUCCAGUCGUUAGUCUGUGUGCUGGCAUUUCCGUAUUCAAAGUCCUGCAACGUAUAAAUGCGUACUACUCCUUCUGGAGUCUGAACAACUAUGUCGAUGACCAAUCAUGGGACUGGACUAAGGAAGUUAUUCUCAUCACCGGGGGGUCUGGAGGUAUUGGCGCCGAUAUGGCACGCAGAUUUGCACAGCGUGGGAUCAAGGUCGCUAUAUGGGAUAUUGCUGCUCCCGCUCCCAACCUGCUAGAAAACGCUUGUGUGAAAUACUAUCACGUCGAUGUCACUUCGGAUAAAAUGGUCGUUGAGACCGCAAAGCAGAUGAGGGCGGAAGUGGGCGAUCCUUCCAUCUUGAUCAAUAAUGCUGGUAUUGCUAUAGCCAAAACCAUAGUAGAGGAGACGACGGAGCAGCGGAAGCGGCAGUUCGACGUCAAUGUUUUUGCGCAGAUGCGCAUGGUUCAAGAAUUCCUUCCGGCUAUGAGCAAGCGCAAUCAUGGUCACAUUGUGACAAUGGCGUCUGCCUCUAGCUUCAUAUCCACCACACAGCUUACAACGUACGCCAGUUCCAAAGCAUCUGUCAUGGCCUUCCACGAGGGUCUUGGACAGGAGCUGCGUAUGAGAUACAAUGCCAGAAGAGUUCGGACAACCAUUGUCUAUCCUCACUUCGUCCGGACCGCCAUGGUUGAAAAGCUGACCACUCUACACGAUUUCCCGGAACUCCUCCUGGACCCGAAGUAUGUGGGUGAAGCGGUAGUGGACCAGGUAUUGACCGGGUAUGCAGGCAGAGUCAUUCUGCCACCUAGCAACGCAUGGCUAGCGCGCCUGCGUGCUCUGCCGCCGUGGUAUAUGUACCGCAUUCACUCACUGGAUCCUGAUGUCUACAAGCCACGUAACUAA